AUGCGAUGUGCAUGCCGAUGCUGCAGAUUCAAUAAGUGUGUUAGAGUCGGCAUGAAAAGAGAGGCGAUCCAGUUUGAACGGGACCCAACCGGUGGUAGUCCAUCGAAACGGUCCCGAGUGAGCCCAGCUCCUGGUCAGGAGCAAGCCACUGAAAAUCAAACACCGGUCAUAGCAGCAUUAAUGGAUAUGGAACAUAGGGUGAAUCAGGAGAUGUGUUCCCGUUACCGUAAUUCGGUCAUACAACAACCUGCCAAUACUACUGGACUUAGCAGUGAUGGCGAACCAUCAACUUCGGCGUUUUCGCAGCCGAAUAAGCCGUGUACGGCGGAGGUAAAUAACCUGAAUAUUGUCUAUAUUUUUUGCUUCUAAUU